AAGACUGCUGACUACCUACGGACUCACGACUCACAGCUGCAAGCCAGGACUUUCUUUCUCGUCGAAAACAUGGUGAAAAAGGAUAAAAGUCCCGUCACUUAUGCAAAAAUGAAGGGAAUAGUUUCAUAUUUUACAGCUUUGAUCAAGGACAAGAAGCUUGGAUCCAGCCACCCAAUCUAUCGACAGAUGGAUUUCUUGCGACCUGAGGGUAGUCUUUCUGAGGAUGACGGAGCAACAGCUGUUUGUUACAGUAAUCCAUUAACAGAAGAGCCACAAUCCCGGGUAUCUGCUGCUGAUUUUGACUACUUAAAGGUUAUCGGGACGGGAAGCUUUGGCAAGGUGUUCUUGGCCACACUCAGGGAAAAUGGCAGAUUCUACGCAGUCAAAGUCCUACAGAAACACAUUAUUUUAACAAGGAAAGAGGAAAGAAAUGUCAUGUGUGAGCACAGGGUGUUGUUAAAGACUCUUAAUCAUCCAUUCCUGGUGAAGCUCCACUUCAGCUUUCAGACUAAGGAAAGACUCUAUCUAGUGCUGGACUAUGCAUGUGGAGGAGAGCUCUUUUACCACUUGCAGAGGGAGGGGGUGUUUGGAGAACCCAGAGCCAGAUUUUAUGCUGCUGAGAUUGCCUGUGCUCUAGGAUACUUACACUCCCUGAAGAUUGUAUAUAGGGACCUGAAACCAGAAAACAUCCUGCUGGAUUCUGUGGGUCAUGUGGUUCUGACCGACUUUGGCCUGUGCAAGGAGGGCGUGAGUGGACAUGGCACCACCAGAACCUUCUGUGGAACCCCAGAGUACCUAGCACCUGAGGUCCUCCUGCAGAAGGAAUAUGACAGGACUGUGGACUGGUGGGGUCUGGGCGCUGUUCUCCAUGAAAUGCUCUACGGCCUGCCACCUUUCUACAGUGCGGAUCGUCUUGAUAUGCUCAGGAAUAUUAUUUAUCAGCCUCUGGUUCUAAAACCGGGUGUGUCUAGUGCAGGCCGAGAUCUGCUGAAGAGACUGCUGAACAGGGACAGGGCGAAGAGACUAGGAGUCAAACGUGACCUGACCGAGCUGCAGUCUCAUCCAUUCUUCUCAUCUAUUCAUUGGGAUGACCUUGUUACAAAGAAAAUUUCUCCACCUUUUGUUCCCUUACUGUCUGGCCCUGGUGACCUCAUGAACAUUGACCCUCGGUUUACAGAACUUCCAGUUCCACACUCGCUAGGAGCAUGUGAGGAGUCUGGAGCAACCUUUCCUGGCUUCACCUACACCAGUGAAAACAUUUUCUCACUGACUCGUGGACACUAAGACAGUUUUUUUUUUUUUUUGUCAGACCAAUACAAUUUGUCGGAACAUGUUUCUAAUAAUCUUUAACUUGAGUAAACACAGUUUAUUUUUCAUGUUAGCUGGACCAAUGCUUUUGCAACAUGACUUCAGAGUUUCUAUCAAAAGGGACUGUUUUCCUAACAUUCACCUUAUUUAAUUAUUUUUUAGCCCUGUUUGAUAAACAAAAAUAUUUGUAAAGAAGUAUACUGUUUAAUGGUGUUCUGGCUGUACUAUAUUGUAAUGAGAUGAAGUGAAACUACAGGUUGCAUAAGAUGCUUGAUUAUAGAAGAGAUAUUAAGUUGUGAGACUGAAAGAAUAUUAAAUCUGAAUGAAUGUAAUUGUGAACAGUAUUAAGAUGGGAUUGGUAAGUGUUUGUAAUGAAAUUGUAUGAUCAGUAAAGAAUGUCUAAUUUUGGAAUGGAAACAAUUAAAUUAUUUUAUUUUAAA